CAUCAAACAUUAGAGUGUGGCGGCGAGUCUACGUCACUCUGUUUCUUUCCCUCUUCCGUUUAUUAACACUCACACCGCACACUCUCUUCCUUCGUCUCUUUCUCUCUUCUUCUUCUUCUUCUUCUUCUUCGUCGGUGGGGGUUGGGUUUCAAGAUCCAAACCUCUUCCCAAUGAAGAACCUCUCUUUCUUCCUCAUCACCACCCUAUUCGCCGCCUUCUCCGCCGUCAGAUCUGAUCCCUCAGAUCACCGCUACAAAGAAGGCGACUCCGUCCCUCUCUACGCCAACAAAGUUGGCCCCUUCCACAACCCUAGCGAAACCUACCGUUACUUCGACCUUCCCUUCUGUGAACCAGGUGAUUUGAAAGAGAAGAAGGAGGCGCUCGGGGAGGUGCUGAAUGGGGACCGUUUGGUUAGCGCGCCAUACAAGCUGGAGUUCCAGCGCGACAAGGAGUCGAUUUCCGUGUGCAAUAGGAAGCUCUCCAAACAGGACGUAGCGCGGUUCAGAUCCGCGGUGAGGAAGGACUACUACUUCCAGAUGUACUACGACGACCUUCCGAUUUGGGGUUUCAUAGGGAAGGUGGACAAGGAAGGGAAGGACCCCAGUGAUUAUAGGUACUUCCUGUAUAAGCACAUUCACUUCGACGUGUUCUACAACAAGGACAGGGUCAUCGAGAUCAACGUGCGCACCGAUCCCAAUGCGCUCGUGGAUCUCACCAAGGAUUCUGAGGUUGAUGCCGAGUUUUUGUACACGGUGAAGUGGAAGGAGACGAACACGCCGUUCGAGAAGAGGAUGGACAGGUACUCUCAGUCCUCGUCGCUGCCGCAUCAUUUGGAAAUCCACUGGUUCUCGAUUAUCAACUCGUGUGUGACUGUGCUGCUCUUGACCGGGUUCCUCGCCACCAUUUUGAUGCGGGUGCUCAAGAACGAUUUUGUCAAGUAUGCACAUGAUGAGGAGUCUGCGGAGGAUCAGGAAGAGACUGGGUGGAAAUAUAUCCAUGGGGAUGUGUUUAGGUUCCCCAAGUUUAAGUCUCUGUUUGCGGCUGCGCUUGGAUCUGGCACUCAGUUGUUUACCCUUACGGUGUUCAUAUUCAUAUUGGCUCUUGUUGGUGUGUUUUAUCCAUACAAUCGAGGGGCACUGUUUACUGCACUGGUUGUCAUAUAUGCACUUACUUCGGGGAUUGCUGGAUACACCGCAACUUCAUUCUAUUGUCAGUUGGAAGGAACAAACUGGGUUAGGAAUCUGCUGUUGACUGGAUGCCUUUUCUGUGGACCUCUGUUUCUGACUUUCUGCUUUCUAAACACUGUUGCAAUUGCUUACAAAGCUACUGCUGCCCUCCCAUUUGGGACGAUUGUGGUUAUAGUUCUCAUAUGGACACUUGUUACGUCUCCUUUGCUUGUAUUGGGAGGGAUUGCUGGGAAGAAUAGCAAGGCUGAAUUUCAAGCUCCUGUUCGGACAACUAAAUAUCCAAGGGAGAUUCCACCUCUGCCUUGGUAUCGUGGAACAAUUCCUCAGAUGGCGAUGGCAGGAUUUUUGCCUUUCAGUGCUAUAUACAUUGAACUUUACUAUAUAUUUGCCAGUGUUUGGGGCCACAGAAUUUACACCAUCUACAGCAUCCUGUUCAUUGUCUUCAUCAUUCUCUUGAUUGUUACUGCUUUCAUCACUGUGGCAUUGACAUACUUCCAGCUUGCUGCUGAGGAUCAUGAGUGGUGGUGGAGAUCAUUCCUAUGUGGUGGUUCAACUGGGUUAUUUAUCUAUGCCUACUGUCUGUAUUACUACUAUGCACGCUCCGACAUGUCUGGAUUCAUGCAGACCUCAUUUUUCUUCGGAUACAUGGCCUGUAUAUGCUAUGGUUUCUUCUUAAUGCUUGGAACCGUUGGAUUCCGUGCUGCUUUGUUCUUUGUCCGCCACAUUUAUCGAUCCAUUAAGUGUGAGUAGGCAUUUUGUCCUCUCAACUCCACUAGAGCAAUUGUCUUCAUUUCAUAGGGAAUUCUGUAGAAAAUUAUAGUAAUUUUGCAGUUCUUUUGUGUACUAUAAGGGAAGCUGGUUUGGGUGGGUUUCUAGCUUCCAGAGCAACUUGUUAGAUGGCAAAGGGUGCUUCUGGGGAUAACGUCUGUGUACUAUCAUCUCUUUAACAAAACUCUUGCAAUACUUUUUGGUCCUUAUGAACGUUCUUCAACAUCUCAAUUUUC